CCCGGCGCCCGCGAUCCUUGAGCUGACCGCUCCUGUCAAGAAAUGCCACCCGCGAUGCGCCAGAGCUAUCUUCCCAUAGCUUUCUAAACCAGGAACCGCACGAUCGCUAAGCAGCCUCCAUCCAUUACGAUGUCUCUCUCGAAGCAUAUCUUCCAGCCGUGCCGCACGCCCCAGCAAUUAUGGCGACACACCAUCUCUCGCAGAAGAAUACAGCGAUCGCAAGCUCGCCAAUUCAGCCCAUCUAGCGCAGUCGCGGCCAGCUCGGUGACAGGGGCGGCUGAAGCAGAGAUCCAAGCUGCUCACAAAUACUGCUCAAGUCUUCUUCUGAAAUACGAUCGCCCCUCAUACACCCUAAGCACCUUCAUCCCGCGAAAUGCGCAAACAUUCUACACUGCCCUCCGGGCGCUGAACGUCUCCCUCUCCACGAUCCCCGAUACCACCUCAUCCCACACGAUCGGACUCAUGCGACUCCAGUUCUGGAGAGAUGCCGUCGCCAAAGCCUUAUCCGGCUCGCCCCCGAAAGAGCCCAUCGCUAUCCUCCUGGCCUCCGCGAUGUCAGACCUGCACGAGAGAACGCAGGGUCGCGCACGUAUCAGCAAAGGCUGGCUUAAUCGGAUGAUAAAUGCGCGCGAGCAGACCCUGGUGAAUGAUCCGUACACGAAUAUUGCGGCUCUGGAAUCAUACGCCGAAAACACCUACUCAACACUGCUAUAUUUGACCCUGUCGGCCUUGCCAAUGACCUCCGUCACGGCAGAUCAUGUGGCAUCGCAUAUCGGUAAAGCAGCUGGUAUUGCAGCGGUGCUCCGUGGUCUGCCACUGGUAGCAUUCCCGGCUGCGACUCACAAUCGCCCUGACCAGGCUGGUACUGGUACGAUGCCGGGGGCAACAAAGCAGGGGGCUGUGAUGCUUCCUCUCGAUGUGAUGGCCCAGGCAGGCGUGAAGGAAGAAGACGUGUUCAGACUAGGCGCAGAGGCUCCGGGGCUCCGUGAUGCCGUGUUUACAGUCGCUACUCGGGCCAGUGAUCACUUGAUCACCGUACAGCAGAUGCUGAGCAAUCUCCACGCUGGCCAGGAUGUGGGCCAUGAGUUCGAGCAUGAAGGCGAGGAGGGCCAUGAAUACAACUUGCCGGAUCAGUUCAAGGACCAGCAGACUAAAACGCCAUUAGAUGAGGUGAACCAAGCCUUUGGUGUUUUCAUGCCUGCCGUUGCAACGCGGCUCUGGCUGGACCGGCUGGAAAGUGUUGAUUUUGAUAUCUUCCGCCCCGAGCUUCUCCAGUCCGACUGGAAGCUUCCCUGGAAGGCUUAUCUAUCUUUUCGGCGGAAGACGCUCUCAUGAGGAGCUUUUUCAGCCGACCUAUAUGUACCAUCAUGACUAUAGAGCUUUAAUGGGUCUUCUUGUGUAUAAACACG